ACAUUUUCAAAACAGUCUUCAUUUCACUUUACAUCAUAAAAAAUAAAAAAAUACUAAAUUUCUAACGUAAAUAAAUUAUGAUCGUUAAUUAAUCGGACGUUUUAUUUUAAUUUAAAUACGUUGUACUAAUUUGGUAGCACUUCCACUUUACAACUUUUGGCCGCACUUGCACUUGCAUGCAACCCACAAGUUCCACGCAAUUGGAUUGUAUUUAUUAAGUAUUUGCGGCUUUUGUUUUGACUACGUUCUGUUUGUACAAUCGGCGUUUUUUGAUUUAACACAAUCUUGGAAACAUGACCACAAAAAAGGAGACUUUAUUUGAAGUAGAGCGCAAUCAAAAACGCAAAUCAAAUGUUAUCUACAAAACGGACAAAGAAGCGACUGAGGAUGCUGUUGUCAAUGGUAGUAGUCCAAUGGACACAUUUCAACAACAGGCAUUAGAAAUACGUGAGCCCGGUCCCGAUUUCGAUCCAACAGUAACACCAAAGGACGGCGAUGAAUAUCUCAUGCAUAUGCUGUAUGAACGCAAAAAUUGUCCAGCCGUUAUGGUACGUGAGCCGAACAAGUGUAAGAAGAAUAGAACAGCAGCGGCACUAGCAGAGAAUUUUAAGGAUGAAGAUGAACCACUGAAAUCAAUUUCAUACGAUGGAAUACUGCCUACAAAAGAGUGGAAGGACUACCAAAUUAAGGACUUCGAAAGUACACGCGAAAAAAUAGUACUUUUACGUUUGGAGCUGCACAGACAACGUUAUGAUCAGACAUUAGAACCACCAUUAACAGCGGACCCUGUUGCAUGGCAUACAUUUUGUCACGAAAAUCCACCAUAUUUAAAAACAAUAUUACGCUUCAGUCAACGCACUCUGGAGCAGCUUUUGGAAUUCAUUUGCGACUGGCUGCGUGCGGGAGAAGAGAAAGUAAUUUUGGAAAAUAUCUCUACAGAUGAGGCAAUGCCGUCAACAUCAAGUGCUGCCUGCAAUGAAAAUUCGAAACCAGCUUUAUUAGAUCUCACCGAUACAAAUGCUUGGUUAGGUACGUGGCUAUAUGCUGCCUUAUCUUGUCUACAUAUACCCAUCGAACCGGAGGUGCAUAGCACUUUACGUGAUAUUGCGCGUGUUUGUAUACGUUUACGGGGACGGUUACCAGCUACAGCAACAGGUAAAGCGGUGCCAUUCAACUUAUUCAUACUCCUGAUUGCAAAGGCAUUUGGUCAAAUGGACUUCGCCGAAUUCGUUUGAUGAGCCAAGCUCCAUACGGAAACAAUAACAUAAGAAAGUACAAUGAAUAGUUAAAAAGUUAAAAAUAGAAAGUUGUUGCACUAACUCAAAAAGUGCAUCCAACACAGCAAACAAAAUCUAGAUUGCAGUUUUUAUAUAAGUGAAUAAAAACAAAUUUUCAAAACCACGA